CCAGAAUCUGUGAAUGUGUUAGAUCUGACUGCUGUUGUGGUUACUUUUUUCAGGACUAUCUUACUGAGUGUGAUCUCUUUGCUUAAUGAGCCCAACACAUUCUCUCCUGCCAAUGUGGAUGCAUCAGUCAUGUUCAGGAAAUGGAGGGACAGUAAAGGAAAAGACAAAGAAUAUGCUGAAAUCAUAAGGAAACAAGUUUUGGCCACUAAAGUUGAGGCAGAAAAGGAUGGUGUGAAGGUCCCCACUACACUGGCAGAGUACUGCAUUAAAACUAAAGUGCCUUCCAAUGACAACAGUUCAGAUUUGCUUUAUGACGACUUGUAUGAUGACGACAUUGAUGACGAGGACGAGGAGGAUGCCGACUGUUAUGAUGAUGAUGAUUCUGGCAAUGAGGAGUCGUGACCUACUCCCUCUAUGCCCCUGUACUGCCUGAUGACUCAGGCCAGAAGGGAGCAGUGGUAACCUAGCAGCAGUCCAGCAAAACCAGAUGGGGGGUGGGGGGGGGGGUGUGGGUGUGAUGUGUCAAAAAACCCUGUCUCCUGUUGUAUGGCUGUUUGCUCCUUUUUUUAAUGGACCUCUUAAACCCUUUACAGAACGUUUUAAUUCUUGCAUUUUAACCCUUUCAUCGCUGUAUUAUGAUUUCUUUUUUAAAAAGAAACUCCCUUUUUCACUUCUCUAUGAAAUGCUUACAGUGAAACAGGUUUGCUUGUGUUUAGAUUCUUGAAUUAAAUACAAUCUUACAUUGAGAUGUUUAAUGUAUUUAAAGCUGGAACAAACCCAUUGGUUUUGAGGAGCUCAAGUGCUGCAUUUACUGGGAUCUAAAAAUCCAUACAAAGCAAACUGCCAUGGUUUAGCUGCUCCAUUUACAAUAAUAGCAUGUGUACAAUCAUUUUGCCUUGUCAUGAUGGCUUUUCCUUUAUAAGAUAGAGGGGUGAAGAGUAUAAAGCUACUGUGUGUUGAGCUUAAUGGGAUGUCACCGAAAGGUACAGUAUUCCUUUUUAGACUGCUUAAGAAGUUAGGAACUAGCUGGCCCCUGGAGCCCCAGAGGCCACAAUCAUCAGCUUUGUCUCUGAAAAAGGUUUGUGAUAUGAACCCUAAAAUAAACACUUAACACUUCACAUCUGUACAA